AUGCUAGCUGUGUGUGUUGCAUCCAGCCGGACUCUGGAGGUUCUUGAUCUAGAAGGGACGGGUCUCACCAACCAGUCAGCUCAGGUAUGUCUCAGCUAUGUAGAUAAUUAAAGAGAGGUUGUAAAAGGUAUGAAAAUAAUCAUUGCUUAUCUUCCCUUCAUUUUUCCACAGAUCCUGCUAGACAUGGUGCAGAAUUAUCCUACUCCUCUAAAAACCAUCAUACUUUCAGAGAACAACAUCAGCGUGGACCUGCAGCAGAAAAUAGCUGACCUUUUAUCUGAAGGGGAAGAGGAGGAUGAGGGUGAAGGCCAAGAAAUGGAGCGACCUGUAAGAGAGAAAGCAACCAAACCAGGUGCAAGAAACAGGACAUGGCAUGGUGGGAGGCAUGGGCAACCAAAUCAGGUGCAAGAAACAGGACAUGGCAUGGUGGGAGGCAUGGGCAACCAAAUCAGGUGCAAGAAACAGUACAUGGCAUGGUGGGAGGCUUGGGCAACCAAACCAGAUGCAAGAAACAGGACAUGGCAUGGUGGGAGGCAUGGGGUAGAAUGAAAAUGAUCUAUUACAAAGAAGGCCCACAGUUUAAGGGUAUGAAGAUUAAUGAGCACUACAAGGAAGAUAAUGAGGGUAUUGUUAGGACAAAGAGCAUGUGAUACGUGCAAGUUCUGAAGGAUGUAGAUCAUGUACAUUGUGAUCUUUUAGUAGGGAGUAGUGUGUUCGAUGUGCACAUUGAGGAGGGGGUGGACUGUGUGAGAUGUGCACAUUGAGGAGGGGGUGGACUGUGUGAGAUGUGCACAUUGAGGAGGGGGUGGACUGUGUGAGGUGUACACAUUGAGGAGGAGGUGGACUAUGUGAGGUGUGCACAUUGAGGAGGAGGUGGACUGUGUGAGGUGUGCACAUUGAGGAGGAGGAGGACUGUGCACAUUGA